AUGUCACUCUACUUGGCGCCCACGGCCGCCGCUGCCACCACCACCACCACCACCCUCCCAAGGCAGCUGCUACCAGCGCCGUCCAUCGACCUAAGGCGGCUGGAACGACGUGGCAUGGCGCUGCCCCUGCCACCGGCGCCGGCGCCGCCGCCACCGCUGGUCAGUGCCAACAACAGGCAUGCCGGAGCGAAGCACAAGGCCGUGGUGGUGAUGGGCGCCACGGGGACCGGCAAGUCGCGGCUGGCGGUGGACCUGGCGCUCCGGUUCGGCGGCGAGGUCAUCAACUCGGACAAGAUCCAGCUGCACGCCGGCCUGGACGUGACCACGAACAAGGUGACCGAGCAGGAGCGCGCCGGCGUGCCGCACCACCUGCUCGGGGUGGCGCGGCCCGACGAGGAGUUCACGGCCGCGGACUUCCGGCGCGAGGCGACCCGCGCCGCGCGCGCCAUCACCGCGCGCGGCCGCCUGCCCAUCGUCGCGGGAGGGUCCAACUCGUACGUGGAGGAGCUGGUGGACGGCGACCGCGCCGCGUUCCGCGACCGCUACGACUGCUGCUUCCUCUGGGUGGACGUGCAGCGCGCCGUGCUGCACGGCUGCGUGGCGCGGCGCGUCGACGAGAUGCGCGCCCGCGGCCUGGUGGACGAGGUCGCGGCGGCCUUCGACCCGCGCCGCAACGACUACUCGCGCGGCCUCUGGCGCGCCAUUGGCGCGCCCGAGCUCGACGCGUACCUGCGGUGGCCGGGACCGGGUGUAGACGGCGACGCGGAAAGCGAGGGCGAGCGCGACCGGCUGCUGGCCGCCGCCAUCGAGGACAUCAAGUCCAACACCCGCCGCCUGUCGUGCCGGCAGCGCGCCAAGAUCCAGCGCCUGGCCAAGAUGUGGGGCGUCCGGCGCGUCGACGCCACCGAGGUCUUCCGGAGGCGCGGCGACGAGGCCGACGAGGCCUGGCAGCGGCUCGUCGCCGCGCCGUGCAUCGACGCCGUGCGCUCCUUCCUACGAACCGACGACGCCGCGGCGACCGUCGCCAGUGACCUGGCGGUGGACGGAGUCGUGCCCGUGUUCGCUCCCGCGCCGGCUGCGGCCGUAGCAGGAUAA